CCAUUUUCAUUGUCCACCGUAAUCCGCUCAAUUUUCCUUCCCGACGGUUCUCGAAUAUAUAUUUUUUUUUGGUAAGAAGACGAAGCCAAUGGUGAAACCAGGAACAUCAUCGGAGCAGCCAUCAUCAGACAAGAAUCAUGAACCCAAGUACAAAGGUGUACGGAAACGAAAAUGGGGGAAAUGGGUGUCUGAAAUCAGACUUCCGAACAGCCGAGAAAGGAUAUGGUUAGGAUCUUUUGAUACAGCAGAAAAGGCUGCGCUUGCAUUCGAUGCUGCUUUGUAUUGUCUGCGUGGUCGAGAAGCGAAAUUCAACUUCCCUGAUAAUCCACCAAACAUUGCCGGCGGGCAGUCACUGAGUCCACAGGAAAUCCAAGUGGUUGCAGCGAGGUUUGCGAAUGAAAACUCAAGAAUGAUAAGGAGUACAACUACUAGCGUAGGUGAAUCAUCAUCAUCGCAAGUGAUGGAUCAGUGCUUGUCGUCAUCGUCGGAUGGGGCGGCGCAGGUGGAUAGUGAUACCAUAGAUUGGUCAUCGAUUCUGAAUGAGUUGGACUCUACUGAGGGAGCUCCGGAGUAUGGAAUGUAUCCAGGGUUGGGCAACCAGUAUUAUCCAUCACAGCCAUAUGUUUUUGAUGAUUAUCAUAUCAAUAAUGGGAAUAAUGAUGACAAUCAAAAUGGGGAUGAGGCUUAUUCCCACCAAUCAUUUCUCUGGAACUUUUGAAGAUUUUCACGGAGAAUUUUAUCAGGAAUCCGGCGAAUUUUAGCUGCCGGACUCGCUGAUUCCUAUUUUUGCAUGGUUCAUCGAAUUAAUUAUAAUACUACCAAGUCUGGCGAGAAUUUGAUGCCUAGUAGUCACAAGAGGGAAAUGGACAAAUUUUUUUCCUGUCCCAUAUCAAAAUUAAAUGUAUACAUCCAGUUGCGAGAUAGAUUUAUCUCCUAAAAUUAAAUAAUUGUGUAUAUUUAUAACCCUAAUUUUUUUUUUUU